GAGAAGACUGGGUUUCAGCGUUGUUGUCACAGGAGCUUGACUAAGUUGCCAAAACCUGCUUGGAUUUUUACCUGAUAGCAUUUGGCUUGAAAAGCGAACAUGGUUCCAUUUCAAUUUUCCCUGGUUUCAAAGGAUGGAAGAAGCCAGUCUGUGCCUUGGAGUGUCCUCGGCGGCGCCGGAAGCUGAGCCCCAUCUGAGCAGCCCCGUCCUCAACGGCCAGUAUGCCAUGAGUCAGAAGUUGCACCAGAUCACCUCCCAGCUCAGCCAUGCUUUCCCCGAGCUGCAUCCACGGCCCAACCCAGAGGAUAAGACCCCGGUUCCCCUCGACGAGAAGGCCCACGUGCCCAUGAGUGGCCAGCCCAUGGGCAGUCAGAUGGCGCUCCUGGCCAACCAGCUGGGCCGGGAUGUGGACACCAGCCUCAAUGGGCGGGUGGACCUGCAGCAGUUCCUCAACGGGCAGAACCUGGGCAUCAUGUCCCAGAUGAGCGAUAUCGAGGACGACGCCCGCAAAAACCGCAAGUACCCGUGCCCUUUGUGCGGCAAACGUUUCCGCUUCAACAGCAUCCUCUCCCUGCACAUGCGCACUCACACCGGCGAGAAGCCCUUCAAGUGCCCGUACUGCGACCACCGGGCGGCACAGAAAGGGAACCUCAAGAUUCACCUGCGGACCCACAAGCUGGGCAACCUGGGGAAGGGGCGCGGGCGGGUGCGCGAGGAGAACCGCCUGCUGCACGAGCUGGAGGAGAGGGCCAUCCUGCGGGACAAGCAGAUGAAGAGCAGCCUGCUGCAGCCCCGGCCGGACUUGAAGCCCCUGCCGCACGCCCAGCAGACCCCGCUGGCCGCCUGCAACCUGGCCCUGCCCACCAACCACAGCGUGCCCGACGUGGCCAACCCGGUGCCCUCGCCCAAGCCGGCCAGUGUGCAGGAGGACUCAGCGACCCCCGCUGCUGGCUUCCGCUGCACCUUCUGCAAGGGCAAGUUCAAGAAGAGGGAGGAGCUGGACCGCCACAUCCGCAUCCUACACAAGCCCUACAAGUGCACGCUGUGCGACUUCGCUGCCUCGCAAGAGGAGGAGCUCAUCAGCCACGUGGAGAAGGCCCACAUCACGGCUGAGUCGGCCCAGGGCCAGGGCCCCAACGGCGGCGGGGAGCAGUCGGCCAACGAGUUCCGCUGUGAGGUUUGCGGACAGGUGUUCAGCCAGGCGUGGUUCCUGAAGGGCCACAUGCGGAAGCACAAAGACUCCUUCGAGCACUGCUGCCAGAUCUGCGGCCGGCGCUUCAAAGAGCCCUGGUUCCUGAAGAACCACAUGAAGGUCCACCUCAACAAGCUGUCAGUGAAGAACAAGUCCCCUAGCGACGCCGAGGUGCCUGUGCCCAUGGGCAGCAUGCCCCAAGAGGCCCACGCCAACCUGUACUCCAGGUACCUCUCCUGCCUGCAGAGCGGCUCAUUCAUGGCUGCCGACAAAGCCAGCCUGAGCGAGCCCAGCCAGCUCUACGGCAAAGGCGAGAUGCCCGUGAAGGAGAAGGAGGUUGUGGGGAAGCUGCUGACCCCCAUCUCCAGCAUGGCCCAUGGCGUCCCCGAGGGUGACAAGCACUCCCUCCUGGGAUGCCUCAACCUUGUGCCACCGUUGAAAUCCAGCUGCAUCGAGCGGUUGCAGGCAGCGGCGAAAGCUGCCGAGAUGGACCCCGUGAACAGCUACCAGGCGUGGCAGCUCAUGGCCAGGGGCAUGGCCAUGGAGCACGGCUUCUUGUCUAAAGAGCACCAGCUACAGCGCAACCACGAAGACACCUUGGCGAACGCCGGAGUUCUGUUUGAUAAGGAGAAGCGGGAGUACGUGUUAGUGGGAGCAGAUGGCUCCAAGCAGAAAAUGCCUGCUGAUUUGGUUCACAGCACUAAAGCGGGCAAUCAGAGAGACCUGCCAAAUACGCUCGACCCUUUGGAAGGCAGUCGGGAUUUUUUGUCACAUGGGCUGCACCAGGCUCUCGAGUACAACCUGCAGGGUCCCGGGAGUCUGAAGGAGAAGCCCACCGAGUGCCCGGACUGUGGCCGUGUGUUCCGCACCUACCACCAGGUGGUCGUGCACUCCCGCGUCCACAAGCGGGACCGCAAGGGCGACGAGGACGGGCUGCACGGGGGCCCCGAUGAGCGGCGCGGCUCGGGCAGUGACCAGGAGUCCCAGUCGGUGAGCCGCUCCACCACGCCCGGCUCCUCCAACGUCACUGAGGAGAGCGGGGUCGGAGGCGGGCUCUCGCAGACCGGGAGCGCCCAGGAGGACAGCCCACACCCCUCCUCGCCGUCCUCCUCAGACAUUGGAGAGGAGGCUGGGAGAUCUGCCGGCGUCCAGCAGCCCGCACUGCUUCGAGACAGGAGCCUGGGCUCGGCCAUGAAGGACUGCCCGUACUGUGGGAAAACCUUCCGGACAUCCCAUCACCUAAAGGUCCACCUGAGGAUACACACAGGUGAGAAACCCUACAAAUGUCCCCACUGUGAUUAUGCCGGCACCCAAUCAGCCUCCUUAAAAUAUCACCUAGAGCGGCACCACCGGGAGCGGCAGAACGGAGCGGGGCCACUGUCUGGGCAGCCCCUGAACCAAGACCACAGGGACGAGCUGUCCAACAAAGCUGCUUUGUUUAUCAGGCCAGACAUCCUGAGGGGCGCCUUUAAGGGUCUCCCCGGAAUCGACUUCAGAGGUGGCCCUGCAUCUCAGCAGUGGACAUCAGGGGUGUUCUCAUCUGGAGAUCACUCAGGGCAGGCCACUGGCUUGUCUUCUGAGGCUCCUUCAGACGCUCUGAAAGGUACCGACCUUCCUUCCAAAAGCACCCACUUCUCCGAAAUCGGGAGAGCUUAUCAAAGUAUCGUGAACAACGGUGUGAAUUUCCAAGGGUCCUUGCAAGCGUUCAUGGACAGCUUUGUCCUAAGCUCCUUGAAGAAGGAGAAGGACAUGAAGGACAAAGCCCUAUCUGACCCUCCUUCCAUGAAGGUCCACAGGGCAGACGGUGGCGAGGAGAAGGCGGGCGGCAAGGCAGCCCCCAGGAAGUCUGAGAAGUCUCAGUACGAGCCCCUGGACUUGUCCGUGCGGCCGGACGCCGCCUCCCUCCCAGGCUCCUCGGUGACUGUACAAGACAGCAUCGCGUGGCAUGGCUGCUUGUUUUGUGCUUUCACAACGUCCUCUAUGGAGCUGAUGGCCCUUCAUCUCCAGGCCAACCACCUGGGCAAAUCGAAACGCAAAGAUAGCGCCGUCGGGGUGACGGUCAAUUGCAAAGACCAAGCCCGGGAGGCCAGUAAAGUGGCCUUGUUGCCCUCGGUACAAUCAAGCAAAGAGAUGGCGCUUGCCAACAUGAUGGGGCCUCUAGACUCGGCUUCUGAAAAGAUGGCCCAAGGACAGGUCAAAGAGACUCUGGGGGAGCAGAAGAGUGGCCCAUGGCCCGGCCACAUGGACCCUACAUUCUGUAACUUCCCGUCAGACUUCUACAAGCAGUUCGGUGUUUACCCAGGUCUGCUGGGCUCGGGGGCCUCCAGUUCCUGCGCCAACAGGGAGCCCGACGGGAAGGCCCACUUGGAAGAUGAUGCCCCGAUCCUGAUCCCUGAAACCACAAAUAAGAACACUACUGAUGACCUCUCGGACAUCGCCUCCUCAGAGGACAUGGACUCCUCCAAAGGAGAAAACAACGAGGAAGAGGAUAUCGACACGGAGCCGGAGGUGAUGAGCAAACCGCCUGCCCUGAGCAAGGAUGGGGGCAGCGACGGUGGGGAUGGCCUGCUGCCCGUAGGCGCCCCACAGCCCAUCCAGGGACUGGUCUCCCCUCUACCCCAGGCAUCGGAGAAGCAGUGGCACAGCCCGGGCCUUCUUCCAGCCCAGGACCCCGUGGCGAGCCUGCCCAAGCCAGAGCGGGGGCCCCAGGGCCUGGAGAAGCCGAUGAAUGUGCUGUCGGUCCUCAGGGCCUACAGCGCCGAUGGCUUAGCAGCCUUUAACGGACUUGCAAGUAGCACAGCAAAUUCUGGAUGUAUCAAGAGGCCAGACUUGUGUGAUGAUUCUCAAUGACUGAUUUCAAGGGACAUUCCUGACAGGUCACAGGCCUUUCCAGUGCCGCUACUGUCCCUACAGUGCCUCUCAGAAGGGAAAUCUGAAGACCCACGUCCUCUGCGUCCAUCGCAUGCCUUUUGACAACAGCCAGUAUCCCGACCGCAGGUUCAAGCGCUCCAGAGUCGACUCGGAGGCUUCUGGGAAUUUCGAAGACCCCACAGCUGUCAAGGCGGGGAGCUCAGCGGAGCCAACGGAGGAGGGCAGCAAGGCCCAGGAGGAACGCAACUGAGCCAACCAACCCGGAUAUUGCAAUAUUAUUUUACACAGUUUUCAGAUUAUGCAUCUGGUAAAAGAGUUUGCUAACUGCAUUCCAAGGGGAAAAAAUCAUGUACAACCUCCCCUCUAGUGUAUAGAACAUUUAAAAAAUUUAAAAAGAUAGCUAUAUAUAUAUUAAAAAAAAAAUCCCCAGCCCUUGAAAAUGGCUGCUAAACUGUUACCCGGCAACAAGUAUUUCCAAACAAUGCAGGUGGGAGAAAAGGGAUUUCAGAAAUGCUUGGUGUCCUCCGAGCUCAAGAAAGCUGGGGGCCCUUCCAAUGCUAGAGUCGUCUUUGUUCAAAAAUCAUGCUCUUAACUGAAAAACGAUACCAUCUAAAUGAUUUAGUGUUGCCUUGAAGAUGGAGGGGCUGUGUUUUCAUCGUUGAAAACACCUCUAUAAUCUGACACCAGCUGCUGUCAUCUGCCUCGCACCCUAAUGGGAUGUGUUGGGAGGCGGCCGCGGUGCCAGUCUGACUGGAGCGGUCACUGCAGAGAAAAUCAAUUCACGUGGUGUUGUAACUGCACUCUCAGAGAAACCUUAGCCGGCCCGCAGCCAGCGCCAGGGCUGACCGGCACUGCAGAGGAUUGCCAUCUUCAACGUGCAUUUUAAAAACACCCACAGCCAAAUGAAUCAAUGGUCAGGAAGUAUCUGCAGACAAAUGUCCAGUGCAAGUUUGAUGAGUAAUUCCUUUUUUUUUAGAUCAAAUUGCAGUAUGGAGGGAAAUGCUUUUUUCUUGGUUGUCUUUUUUUCUUUUUUUUUUUUUUUUUUGGAGGAAUUUACAAGAAGCUUGCUAAUAAAAAAUUUUUUAGGGGUACAUGAUAUAAAAAUGCUUAGAAAAACUAGCCCACCUUAUCCACAGAAGGUGCUGGUGAGGAAUGGAAGUUUAUGUAACAAUAGAUUGUUUUUAUUAUGAUUUUAAAAAUUUUACUUGAAAGAAGGCUGCUUUGGUCCUUAUUAUCAGAUUUUUUUCGUGUGUUAGUUUUUGUAAGUCUCACAGACACGAAGCAAGAUUUUCUUCUCCAGCAAGCUCUUAUGAAAUAGCUUGUAUUAAAAUAUGAAUCUAAACAUCCUGCUCUCUAUCACUAAUGAAGAAGACUGUUUAAGUUAAAAUGUCUGUUUUUGUAAAACAAAUGUGUUCUAUAUUUUUGUAGAUUUUAGAUUUUCUACUGAUUGGAUACUCCAAAUUUAUCAAGUUCUGCACCACCCAGAGGGAGAUUGGAGAGCCAAUAAUGAAACAACUCAUUCUUUUAAAAAACAAUUUACGAAGACUAGUUAAUGGUUUAUUCCUGAAUCUGCUAGUGUGGUGUCAAAGUUCAGCCUCUUAACAUACUUCCUUUGCGUGACACGAAAUUGGUGCUGUUGCUUGUGACGGUGGAGAAGUAUUGAAGUAUUAACUUCUUCUAAAAAAAUCAUUCAGACUUAAAAAAAAAAAAAAAAGAUAGAUAUCUCCUUGCAGGCUGGGAGCACAGAAUAAAACCCCAGGGCCUUAAAAACUUCAGCUCUGCCUACAGCAGUUUACAAAAAUACUGAACUGCAAUCAAUGUAAAUAAAAUGCUUCGCUAUCCUGAGACCAGAAGGAAUCUCAGGCUAAUAAGGAAUCCGGUUUGCAUAUGCUGUCGAGAGGGUGACAUCCACCCGGGGUUUCAGUGUAAACGUGGUCGCUGUACAACGUGGACCCAUCUGGCAUAGAGCAAGCUGCUUUCUUGUUUUUCUAGAAUAGUUCUCACUGCCUUACUUAAAUCGAGUUGAUAAACUUAAUGCAACUGUUUCUAUGAUCCUAGAGAAAGGACUGAAAUGUUAUUGAAAACUUUCCGACUGUAGUAAGCUUUAGGAUUUUAAAUGCACUACUGUGUUUGGUGACUGUGCCAGUCGCUUGCUUUCUGUGUGUUUGCCCUGCCUUUGGUAUCUUAGCAAAGAAAAAUAUAAAAAAGAAGAAAAAAAAGUAAAAAGAGCAAAAAAGAGGAAAAAAAGUGGAAAAAAACGAGAGCCACGUUCCAUUUCUAGCACUUUGGGCGCUCUUUCAGUAUCCUUUUGUGUCUUCUGAGCAUCGUCAGAUGCGACAGGCAAUAAUUCUGUUUGUGACACUGGGAACAUCCCCUCUUCUUUGUGGCGUGUGUGUUGAUUCCAUUUUGUCCAGUGCUACCAUCCUUAUUUCCCCCCUGACACAGGCCUUCUUUCCAGAACAUUUGUAACUUGUAAUACAAACAAGUGACAGCCGCAGUGAUGCAGUGUCAGUUUCUGAAUGUCAUCAGGUUCUCAUAUCUAAACAUGUCAAGUUUUUACCCUGUAACUUCUGUAGUCUGUGAUGCUGGUCAUAAUACUGUCUACAUUCCUACACAAAGAAAAAAAUCUAUCUUGGAGGAAAUCUGAGAUCAAUAGAGUAGAGGAUUUUGUUGCUAUGCUUGUAACAAGUAGAAAACUUUGUAUUUAAAGUUUAUUCUUGGUCAUUAUUUAUUAUUAUAAUACAUCAGUUGACAGAACUUUAUUCUGGUAUAGAAAGUAUUAAAAGUUGUUUUUUCAGCAAUGACUGUUUUCUUUCUGCUGUUAGAAUAAAAUGUCUUUGAAGCA